AUGCGGAUCAUUCAUGGUGCGGGCUACUCGGACGAGGAACGUCGAACGUUUAUCAAAAUCGUGUAUCAGAAUAUAUACAUGGCCAUGUUUACUAUGAUUCGAGCCUCGUGUGACUUUCUGUUUGUAUUGCCUCAGGCUUACGCUGAAGCUAUUCGUGAAAUCGACUAUGAAUCCGUAACCUCAAUGGAUCCACAGCACGUUGUUGCCAUCCGAUCUUUGUGGGACGAUCCGGGAAUAAAAGAGUGUUAUGAUCGCCGCCGCGAGUAUCAGCUCACCGAUUCAGCAAAAUAUUACCUUGACAAUCUGGAUCGAAUCUCCCAACCGGACUACGUCCCAACCCUACAGGAUAUCCUUCGUGUUCGAGUUCCCACAACUGGUAUUGUGGAGUAUCCGUUUGAUCUCGAUUCCAUCAUUUUUCGGAUGGUGGACGUCGGUGGUCAGCGAUCGGAGCGCCGGAAAUGGAUCCACUGCUUUGAAAGCGUUACUUCCAUUAUGUUCUUAGUUGCACUGUCCGAAUAUGAUCAAGUCUUAGUUGAGUCGGAUAAUGAGAAUCGAAUGGAAGAGAGCAAAGCUUUGUUCCGCACUAUAAUCAGUUACCCAUGGUUCCAGGAGUCUUCUGUGAUUCUGUUUCUGAACAAGAAGGAUUUAUUGGAAGAAAAAAUCAUGUAUUCACACCUUGUGGAUUACUUCCCGGAAUAUGAUGGUGAGCUCUCAAUUCACUGGUAA